AUGGGGGACUUAACACUAAGAUGUAUGAACUGUCGUUCCUUAUUGGACAUUGAUUCAUCCUUGGUGGAUUUAUCUAUGGCCCAAAGGGAUCUACUAUUAAAUUCUGAAACUAAUACGGAUAACAGUGAUAAUAACAAACAUAAUGGCGAAAACGAUAGAAAUAUCAUACCUCAGGAAAAAUUAAAGAUCAUAAAUCAAGUAAAAAGUCCAUCGCAACUUCGAAUAGGACAAGCCAAAAACGUGACUGCAGAGUCAUAUGUUUUCCUAACAGACACUGAGUUUAGUUUGACAAAGUUCAAAAAUAAUGGCGAUGAAUUUGUAGACGAUGAAGAUUAUGAUGAAAGAAAUAAGACCUUGUCAUCCAGGAUAAGUGCACUCAGUAAUAUUUUCAAUAUCUUAUCCUGUAAAAGUAAUAUAGACUAUCCAGUGUGUCAAGGCUGUUGUGAUACAUUGUUGGAGAAACUUAAGGAAGAGUAUAAUCAAGAAUUAAAGAAAAGGGAUACAUACCAUGAAUUUAUGAAGCGAAUCCAGGAGCAGAAUAACUCCGUUGAAAUAUAUAGCGAUGGUAAUAAAGGACCAAAAGAGCUCAAAAAUUUAAAACGGGAGAAAGAGGAACUAUUACGGCAACUACAGGAACUAGAAGGUGAGAAUGAUCUCCUUCAAAAUGAUAUCCAGACUCUCCAAAGUCAGCUAAAAGAGAAACAAGAACAGCAACUUGAGCAAUUAAGAGAGAAAAAUGUCCAACAAAUGGAACACCUUUCAUUCAUUAAAGAUAUACAAUCGCUCAAAAAUCAGCGUGUCGUUACGUUAAAUCAUAUCGACAGUCUCCGCAAACUUAACAUAUAUAAUGAGACAUUCAGAAUAUCUCACAAAGGUCCAUUUGGAACUAUAAAUGAGUUACGUUUGGGAAGUGUUCCAAAAAUCCAGGUUCCUUGGACAGAAAUAAAUGCCGCUCUGGGUCAAGUAGUAUUGUUAUUAUCCCUAAUUGUGGAGAAAACGUCAUUACCAUUACCAGAUUAUAAUUUAAAGCCAAUGGGAUCUACUUCCGUGAUUGAGAAGCGAGACCUGCAGACAGAUCAAUGGUUUGUAUUAAAAGCAUAUGGUGGUAGUGAGUUUAGCCUAAGCUCUCUUUUCCAUAAAGAAAAUCCCAUAGAUAAGGCUCUUCUAGCCAUCCUUGAGAUCAUUAAGAAAUUAUCGGAAAAUGUUUCAUCAAACACAAGUGAACCAGCAUCAAUAGAAUUACCGUAUGAUAUCUCGGAUGAUAAAAUCAAUGGUUUGUCAAUACUUUUGAAAAGCUCUUCCCCCUCUUUGGAGUGGACUACAGCGUGUAAAUUUCUUCUCACGAAUAUUAAAUGGCUUCUCGCAUUCUCUACCUCCCGUAUAAAUAAAGCUAAACCAUGA